AUGUCUGAAACAACUACUACAUCUUCAGCUGGUACUGGAACAACAACCAUAACACCAGGACAAACGGGUACCACGAUAUCUGCAACAAGUACGACGUCUUCAACAGGCACUGGUACCACUACAAUGGCACCAGAACGAACAGGUAGCACGAUAUCCGAAACAACUACUACGUCUUCAACUGGUACCGGAACAACAACCAUAACACCAGAACAAACGGGUACCACGAUAGCUGAAACAACCACUACAUCUUCAACAGGCACUGGUACCACUACAAUGACACCAGAACAAACAGGUAGCACGAUCUCUGAAACAACUACUACAUCUUCAACAGGCACUGGUACCACUACAAUGACACCAGAACAAACAGGUAGCACGAUAUCUGAAAUAACUACUACGUCUUCAAUUGGUACGGGAACGACUACAAUAACACCAGAACAAACGGGUAGCACGAUAUCGGAAACAACUACUACAUCUUCAACUGGCACUGGUACCACUACAAUAACACCAGAACAAACGGGUACCACGAUAUCUGAAACAACCACUACAUCUUCAACAGGCACCGGUACCACCACAAUGACACCAGAACAAACAGGUAGCACGAUAUCUGAAACAACUGCCACAUCUUCAGCGGGUACUGGAACAACAACAAUAACACCAGAGCAAACGGGUAGCUCGAUAUCUGAAACAACUACUGCAUCUUCAACAGGUACUGGUACCACUACAAUAACACCGGUACAAACAGGUAGCACGAUAUCUGAAACAACUACUACGUCUUCAAUUGGUACUGGAACAAGUACAAUAACACCAGAACAAACAGGUAGCACGAUAUCUGAAACAACUACUACGUCUUCAAUUGGUACUGGCACCACGACAAUAACACCGGAACAAACAGGUAGCACGAUAUCUGAAACAACUACUACGUCUUCAACUGGCACUGGUACCAGUACAAUAACGCCAGGAGAAACGGGUAGCACGAUAUCUGAAACAACUGCUACGUCUUCAACUGGUACUGGUACCACUACAAUAACACCGGCGGAAACAGUUAGCAAGAUAUCUGAAACAAGUACUACAUCUCAAAUUGGUACGGGAACAACAACCAUAACACCGGAACAAACAGGUGGCACGAUCUCUGAAACAACUACUACCUCUUCAACUGGUACCGGAACAACAACCAUAACACCAGAACAAACUGGUACCACGGUAUCGGAAACAACUACUACAUCGUCAACAGGCACUGGUACCACUACAAUGACACCAGACCAAACAGGUAGCACGAUAUCUGAAACAACUACUACAUCUUCAACAGGCACUGGAACCACUACGAUAACACCAGAACAAACCGGUAGCACGAUAUCUGAAACAACUACUACGUCUUCAAUUGGUACGGGAACGACCACAAUAACACCAGAACAAACGGGUAGCACGAUAUCGGAAACAACUACUACAUCUUCAACUGGCACUGGUUCCACUACAAUGACACCAGAACAAACCGGUAGCACGAUAUCGGAAACAACUACUACAUCUUCAACUGGCACUGGUUCCACUACAAUGACACCAGAACAAACCGGUAGCACGAUAUCUGAAACAACUACUACGUCUUCGAUUGGUACUGGAACAACUACAAUAACACCAGGACAAACAGGUAGCACGAUAUCGGAAACAACUACUACAUCUUCAACUGGCACUGGUACCACUACAAUGACACCAGAACAAACCGGUAGCACGAUAUCUGAAAAAACUACUACGUCUUCAAUUGGUACGGGAACGACUACAAUAACACCAGGACAAACAGGUAGCACGAUAUCUGAAACAACUACUACGUCUUCAAUUGGUACUGGCACCACGACAAUAACACCGGAACAAACAGGUAGCACGAUAUCUGAAACAACUACUACGUCUUCAACUGGCACUGGUACCAGUACAAUAACGCCAGGAGAAACGGGUAGCACGAUAUCUGAAACAACUGCUACGUCUUCAACUGGUACUGGUACCACUACAAUAACACCGGCGGAAACAGUUAGCAAGAUAUCUGAAACAAGUACUACAUCUCAAAUUGGUACGGGAACAACAGCAGUUACACGAGAGGAAACCGGGAGCACGUUGUCGGCGAUAGCUGGAAUUUCAUCGGGUGGAACGGCAACUUUAACGUCGUACCUGAACUUAAGUAGUACGGGUAGCGGGUCUGAAGUAACUACUAUAUCGAGUUUUCCAGGUACAUGUUGUUACGAUACCAACGAAGCAUCUCUAAUUACGUCUGGUCCAUUUGCUGGAUCUGUUCUUGAUGCGUCAGCAUUAGAAUCAUUACGAUAUAAAAGAAAUCGGCCACAACGCAUCAAAGAACGGGAUGACUGUUGUAUAGCAAGAAAUGGUACAGUUGAUUGGUCGAGCUGGUGUAAUUUAUAUUAUGAAAUUAGACCACCAAGUAUAUGUGAUGGUUAUGAACCACCGUCACAAGCUUGGUUCGGUGGUGAUCCACAUAUACUAACAUCUGAUAAUAAUGGUUAUAGUUGUAAUGUAUUUGGUUCGUUUAUAUACGCUGAAACAACGAGUGAUGCAAAUAGUACAGCUAAUAAUAAUAUGAGCACAGGUUCAACAUUUCUAAAACCUUUACAAAACAAUGAAUUAUUUUCAAUUAUUGCUCGAACAAGUAAAACUCCAUCACGUUUGCGACUCGAUCAAUUUUUUAACCAACAAAUAACUUAUUUUUCAUCAUUUUCAAUGUAUCUUGGAUCAAAUCGUGAUGUAAUAAUUGAUGUUGAUAUUAAUUCAACAAAUAGUUAUCAAUUCAAAGUAAACUACUUACUUAAAAAUGAAAAUAGAUCAAUAAAUCCAUUCACUACACAAUAUGAUCUUGUUGAAUAUUACUAUUAUCCAACAUCAUUAAAUGAUUCAUCAGAAUUUGCAUUUUCAAUAAGUAAAGAAAACCAAACAAUAACAGCAAUUAGUUGGAAUACAUAUAGUUCAAACAAUAAAACUCUACCAGUACAAAUUCAAGUACCAAAAUUAACUAUAUCGAUUUGGUCUGGCUUAGCUAUGCAAUGUUACGUUAUAACAAAUAAUAUGGCAUGUACAUUAUUAUUACCACAAAAAUAUUAUGGUAAUGUUCGAGGUCUUGCUUUUGGUGUUAGUACAAGCGAUUCAAGUCAAUAUUGUGCUAAUUAUUCACUUGUACCAAAUGAAACUGAACAACAAUCAUUAACAAGUACUAGUGUUUUACAAUGGUUUAAUACGGCUGCGUCUAUUUCAUAUCAAAGUUAUAUAAAUAAUUUGGCAUGUCCAAUGAAUAAAACAUCGUCAACAUACUAUUUUUGUUUACAAGAUACACUUCUUUCUCAAUCACCUCUAUUAGGACAAUUAACUGUGAAAAGUUCAACUGAUUACCAAUCAGCGAAUUUGUUUCUUAGUAAAAAUCCUCCAAUAGUGACAUUACAAUCUCCAGCAUCAUUUAAUACUCCAUAUACAUAUUUCCUAACAAUACGGCAUAAUGAUACAUUUAAAAAUCAAACAAAUGCUACUAUAAAUGUGAUAAUUGAUCGAAAUACAUCCAUUAAUGUUCAAAUACGUGAUUCAAACACUAGUGUUCCAAAAGAUUGUACCAACCAAGGUUCAUUUUACUCUUGUCCCUUUGCAUAUACAAACGAAAAUAGAAACCAAAUUCAAUUAACAAUUAUUGCAAAUGAUAUAUUGAAUACUUUAACAACUUAUCAAAGAAUUCAAUUAAUUGUUAAUGAAUGUGUUAAUGGUCGAGCAAUAUGGAAUAAUCCAACUAUUUUAUCAUCAACAGUUAGAGUUUUAUUUUGUAUAUGUGAUGAAUAUUAUGUUGACUAUUGCGAGAAACCAGUUGGUUGUAGUGAUAUGACUGCUUGUGUAUUAAAUUUUCUUCCAAGUAUAACUUGUACGACUAAUAGAACUGAAAUAUCAAUAAAUUCUACACAAACACCAUAUCAAUGUAUAAAUAACAUAACAUUGAUACCUUGUUCGAAUGAUUCAGCAUGUUGUAAACAAGGUUAUCAAUUUCACAGUGAUGUACAACAAUGUUUAUUUCGACCAGUUUGUAAUGAAACAAUAUGUGGUGCAAAUAAUAUUUGUCAAAAUACUGAAUUAAAACCUAAUGGAUAUAUUUGUAUGUGUAACGAUGGUCAAAUUUUCGAUGGAACAACAUGUAUUCAAAAGAAAAUUUGUAAUGAUGCAUCAUUAUAUCCAAAUGGUAUUUUACCAUGUACAGGAGCAUUUGAACAGGGUAUUGAUUCAGGAAAUCAAUGUAUAUGCCAAUGUCGAUUAGGUUUCACAAAUUCGUCAAAUGUUUGCAUAAGUACAUCAACAAAUAUAACGUGCAAUAGUACGACUAAUGUUUGUUCUAAUAGUUCAAUAUCAUCAAAUGUUUUCUGUCAAUAUCGAACACAAACUUACAAUACUAGUACCAAUACAUGUCAAAACACUUUUUGUUUAAACUAUUGUCAAAAUGGUACCUGUUCCGUUGGUGCACAAGGAUAUACUUGCAGUUGUCGUCCUGGAACACAUCUUGAUUAUGCAUUAAAUUGUGCUGUAUGUGAAAGUGGAGUAGCUGGUCCUAAUUGUUCAUUACUAUGUGAUUGUGAAUUUGGACAAUGUAACGUUAAUGCAACAAGUGAAACAGAUAAAUGUUCAUGUGCAUCUGGUUACACAGGUUUAAAAUGUGAUCAAUAUAUUAACUAUUGUGAUCCACAAAACGAUACGUGUAAUAGCGUUGCAACAAAUCGUGUUUGCAAACUUACACCAACUAAUCAUGAUAGAUAUAAACAAGAGAACGCUUAUGAGUGUCCUUGUAAAACUGGAUAUCAACAAGUACCAGGAACUGAUAAUUGUAUAGAUAUUGAUGAAUGUGCUGUGGCUUCUACAACAGAAAAUAUUUGUUCGGCAGAUACGACAUCAUGUCAUAAUUUAAAUGGUUCAUAUAGCUGUGCUUGUAAUUCAGGUUAUGUAAAAGAUAAUUCAACAACUACUGAUGCAUGCGUUGAUGAAGAUGAAUGUACAACUGAUGAAUCUGCAUGUGAAUCAUAUACUAAUUCCUAUUGUGUUAAUCUUAGACCAUAUUUUGAAUGUCGUUGUCGUGUUGGUUAUGCACCAGAUGGUGAUUAUAAUCAAAUGUAUGCUGCUUUGAAAGAUAAUCAAACAUGUAAAAUUUAUAAUAAAUGUGCUGCAAAUCGUAUUGAUUGUGGUGGUGGAAUAUGUGUUAAUAAUACAAAUUCAAAUGAUUUGUUACCUACUUGUUAUUGUAAUAAUUCAUUAAUACUUAUUCAAUUAUUGGUAGGAAAAUAUGAUUGUAUUUGUCCAUCUAAUACACAUUAUUAUAAUGGAGGAGUAUGUACAAUUCUACCUAAUCCAGCACUAGGUCUUGUUGGAGAAUCAACAUUUCUUAUUAGAGUCAGUUGUAAUAAUGGAACUGCUAUAAUCGAUGAAAUAAUUAGAAGAUUUAAUGAAACAUUCAAAUGGCCAUACUACAUUACAAUUCGAAACAAUACAGCAGAUUGUGAUGAAUCGAAUCAACAAGAUUUAAUGUUUGAUAUUACAACUGAUAAUAAUAUAACAGUACAAAAUGAUGUCUUCGAAUUACUUGAAAAUAUAACAGCAAAUCUUAAUCUUGACCUUUAUAGUGUUGAAUUAGUAAAAAAUGUCACAUCAUGUUAUUUAAUUGAUUUAUGUGCUCUAUGUGGUGGAGAUAUAAAACGUGGUGUAUGUUUACCAGAAACUGGUUUAAGUAAAUGUCAAUGUUUUCAUAGUACUGAUUCAUUAAGACCGUACACGGGUGAAUUUUGUUAUCCCGCAGAACCUACAUUAACAUCAUCUUCACGUUGGAUACCAAUUGUUGUUGGAGUUUUAGCUGGUCUUGCUGGUUUAUUUUGUGCUAUUACAUGUUGUCUAUUGGCUUUAGCUGCUUGGCGUCGUCGAAGACGACAUCGCCCUGACGAUGAUGAAUUACGAAUUCGUCGUAUUUGGCAUUUACCAAGAGCACAAGUACCAGCAACUGUUACUGCUGAAAAUGUUCAAACAUAUUUAAAUAGUGCUGCAUCUUCUUUAAAAACAACAUCAAGUGUACCUGAAGAUUCUACAUUAAGUAGUGAUCGUUCAACAUAUCGAACAACUUAUGAUUACGAUCCAAAUGGAACUGUAAAUAGUGAAUUUUUUAAACAGCUCGAUCAAAAUAUGGGUGCAAAAUUACGUGCAACAAUAGCAAGACCUGAUAUAAAUGCUGUUUUAUCAAGUUUACCAACUUUAACAACAUCACAAUCAUUGUCGUCAUCAGCAUCUAUAACAUCAAAUAGUGACGAUCCAAUUGAUGAACUUGAUGCUAUUAUUGAUGAUGAAGAUAUUACAAUGACAUUUCAUGAUCCAUUAGAUGAUCUUUUUCAAGAUAAUGAAAUGCUUGAAGUUAUUAAUCCGAAUUUAAAAUUACCACGUCCACAAAUUGAUUCAAAACCAACAGGUCUUUUUUCGGUAAGAUAUCUUGUUGUUUUUCUUAUUCGUCAUUUAUCUAUUAUAUAA